AAUAGUUUUUGCCUUUUGUAUUUCCAUAUAAACAGAAAUGAGUCUUAUGCAAUCAAAAAAUAGCAUUACACUCCGGAUUCGAACUGGUGACCAGAAAGGAGCAGCAACUGAUGCUAGCGUUUAUGUUAUAUUAUACGAUACUUCGGAUAACAGCAGUGAGAAGAUCCUUGUGGACAACUUCUGGAAAAAUGAUUUUAAAAUCGGGGCCCUCGACACUUUUGAUAUUCAACUCCCGGAAUCGUUUACAGAAGUGAAAAAAAUUGAACUCUGGACCGAAAAGCCCACAGUCGAAUUAACAUCUUCGAUUUGGUUCAUACAAACACUGGAAUUGGUACGUGGGUUUACUAGAAAGAGCGUAACGUUUCCUGUUUUCCGUUGGAUAAGGCCAUCCAUCCAUUAUACUCUUUAUCCAUGGGAUACAUUCUUACCACAGAACGAUCCGGAUAAGGAGCAACGGGAAAAUGAAAUCAAGUACAAACGUGAGAUAUAUUCUUUAGAGUACAGUGAGGGGUCACCUGUUAAGUUGAAAACUUUGCCAGCUGAUGAAGAAUUCUCAAAAACAUAUCAGUGGCAAAUAUUUUCUGUGAAAUGGGAUACAAAGCUGAAAAAUUGGCUUAGUGGAGUCACAACAAGUUCCUGGGAGAAACUGGAAGACCUGGAUAAUAUUUACUAUAAGGAAGGGAUUACAAAGCCAAAAGCUAGUGCAUAUUGGAACGAAGACACGUGGUUUGGAUACCAACGACUUAACGGUUGUAACCCAAAAUCAAUAAAAUUGUGUGAAGAAAUCCCUUCAAAACUUAGGGUGGAUGAAGACAUGAUGAAACCAGUUCUGAACGGAAAAACAUUGGAAGAAUUAAUCCAAGAGAAACGACUGUUUUACACAGACUUGGAAAUUUUAGAAGGCAUUUGCCACAAAGAACAAUAUGAUAUAUGUGCGCCUAUUGCGUUAUUUAUGCUGAAUUCCGAAGAUGAUUUGGUGCCAAUUGCAAUACAACUGCAACAGCAGAAAGGGGCAGACAAUCCUGUCUUCCUGCCUACUGACGACUGGGGCGUUUGGACCCUUGCGAAAAUGUGGUAUAACCUGGCUGAUUCCAGUUACCAUCAAUCUGUUGUGCACCUAGGUUUAACUCAUUUAUUGAUGCAAGUGGUUGUUCUUGCCCUUCACAGAAACGUAUCUGUGUCGCAUCCAGUCUACAAGAUUUUGGCACCUCACACACUUUUCCUUUUAGCCAUCAACGAUUAUGCAUUUCAAAUACUAGUAUCGCCUGGAGGUUUGAUCGAUAAUGUAAUGGUGAUUGGACGAGAUGGAAUGUUUGAACUUAUUCAUAAAAGUUCACAGGGAUGGAACUUUUUAAGUGAUGGACAUCCAGCUACUGAUUUUGAAAACCGAAAAGUUGAUGAUCCGAAAGUUUUACCCAAAUACUAUUUCAGAGAUGAUUCACUUCUAUUGUACAACUCAAUAUAUAAGUAUGUAUCCAGCUAUAUAGAUAUCUACUAUGCUAAUGAAGACGAUGUAACUAAUGACUGGGAGAUACAAAACUGGAUAGAAAGUAUGGCCGUAGGACACGAGAAUGGAGGUUUACAGGGUUUACCAAUGAAAGAUGGCAAAGGUCACAUGUCUUCAAAAGAAGAAUUAAAAGAGAUUCUAGCCAUAACUAUCUUCACCUGCAGCGUGACACAUGCCGCUGCCAAUUUCCUGCAGUAUGAAGAAUAUGGUUUCCCUACAAAUUAUCCAAUGACGCUAAGGACACCAUUGUUAAAAGACAAAAACCCUAAAACAGAGAACGAUGUCAUUGCUGCUAUCCCCAAUAAAGCAGAAACUUUUAACAUUGUAACACUGACUCGCGUACUCAGUGAAAGCGCAACCAAUUCCUUGGGUAAUUUUGAAACACAAUAUAUCUACGACCCGAAAGCAGUUGGUUGUGUCAAAGAUUUCCGGUCAGACUUGAAAAGAAUUAGUGACGGAAUUAGAAGAAGAAAUAGGACCUUAGAUAAACCUUACGAAGUCUUGGACCCUGUCAACAUUCCUAAUGCUAUCAGCAUUUAAAUAUGUGUGUGUGCGUGUGUGUGUGUGUAUACAUAUUAUAUUAUAUUAUAUUAUAUUAUAUUAUAUUAUAUAUCAUUAUGCUACAAUAUACUAUAUUAAAAACUUCGCUUCUAAAAAACUUCACAAA